UGUAUCGGUCUGCCCUUCGCAGAUGGUUUCAGUGGGAGGUUCUGGUUCUGUGGAUCGUUUGGAGUCUUUCCUUGCGAAUUUAAUGGACUUUUGAAGGAAGCAAAGCAGUCGGGUCGAUGCGUGAAGUUCCUUUUCCCCCAUCUCAGCCCACAGCAAGUUCUUUUAAUCUUUGGAAAAAGCGUGAAAUGAAUCGAGUGGAAGGCAGCUCGGUUCGAAAGCAGCCAGGACUUCUCCUGAGUCCAGUCCCCGGGAGGAGAUGAGUGUUCGGGAUGGGACCGUGUCUCGGUACCGAAUUUACGGAGGAGGAAAAGGCGGCGAGGAUACACAGCGCCAAGUUGGACCGAGACUUGUUCGAGUGUGCCAAGCGGGACAUGAAUGUGCUUAAAAUACUUCUACUAGGUGCAGCAGAAAGUGGUAAAAGUACUUUGGUCAAGCAAAUGAAGAUCAUACACAGCAAUGGAUUCACCAAGCAAGAACUCAGCAGCUUCAAGCCUGCAGUGUUGGAUAACCUGCUCACCUCCAUGAAGUUUGUUCUUCACGGCAUGGGUGUCCUUCGCAUCAACCUGGCUAACAGCAGAAACAAGGUGCACGCCCACUCUGUGCUGUCGUGCGCUCGCUCUUUCGAUGAAGAUCAGCUCUUGUUUCCUUUCCUGAGCCACGCCCUGUCUUGUUUGUGGGCGGACCAGGGAGUGAGAGCCGCGGUGGCCCGGGGGUAUGAGUACCAGCUCAAUGACUCUGCUGUGUACUUCUUUGAGAACAUGAGCCGCAUCUCUUCUCCCGACUACAUGCCCACGGAGAUGGAUGUUCUGCGCGUGCGACUGAGGACAACAGGCGUGAUAGAAACCCAGUUCCAAGUCAAGCACCUGACGUUCAGGAUGUACGACGUUGGCGGCCAACGCACUGAGCGCAGGAAGUGGAUUGGCUGUUUUGAGGACGUGAGGGUGGUGCUCUUCGUGGUGUCGCUCAGCGGUUACGACAUGACCCUGGUGGAGGACCCCUCCACGAAUCGCCUUCAGGAGAGCAUGAAGCUUUUCUCCUCAGUCUGCAACAACGUCUUCUUCCGCACUACGUCCAUGAUUUUAUUCAUGAACAAAAUCGACCUUUUUCAAGACAAGAUUCAGCAUUCGGGGCGACACCUGCGUCUGUACCUGCCUUCCUUUAAAGGUGCGGACUGCGACGUGGAUUCGGCCGCACGCUUUGUCGCCGCCGUCUUCGUGUCGCUCAACACGACUCCCAGCAGGCUCAUCUACCACCACUUCACCACGGCCACCGACACCUCCAACAUCCAGGUGGUCUUCCAGGUGGUCAUGGACACCAUCAUCAAGGAGAACCUGGAGGCCGUGUCUCUGCUGUAGGAGGACAAAGCGACUCGGAGAUGUCCACCUUUUGUCCAGAGUACGUUGGGAAACCUCCCCUGGAGUUCUGACAAAAACUUGGGCACACAUGCGGGUGAAUGGAGUACUGAUGCUGCCCUGCGUGUUGUGCGUCUCUAUUGUGUGUUGUGUGUCUGUGUGCAAGCUGCAAGAUGUUCCGUUUGUCCGUUUGGCCUUCUGCGUUUGCUCACCAUCAGCCGUUUUCCACUCAUCCGUUGUGGUGUUUCCACUCAGCACAUUCUGUGCGUCACACACUCAUGAUAUAUAUAUAUAUAUAUAUAUAUAUAUAUAUAUAUAUAUAUAUA